CUUUCGUCUGCUGCCACAAGUCGAUUUCCGGGCACCGACGUUCUCGCCCGAGAGCAAGUUCUGAGUUCCGGAUCUUGGAAGUAGGUGCGGAAACAUAAACGCGGUUUUCCUGUCUAGUGCUAUCCGCUCUCUAACCGACAAACUCCGGGUGCAAUGUUACACUUUUCAUCCAUGUUGUCGAACUCAGGGGGAAACGGCGUUCCGCGACGGACCGACAGCCUCAACGCGACGCAGCAAAAAGCUGCUGUGGGGCCCGCACAGCAGAUGUUCCUCACGAUCGAGCAGGAGCUGCACGAUGCGCGUCGCGUAGGAGCUCACGGCCAGGAGGAUGAUCUACGAGGAGCACUCAACAUGGUCAUCAAUAGGGUCACGGAGCUGUCCUCCCUGCUCAGCGAGGCAUACAAGAGCAACGCGGAUCUCGGGGUGCAGCUGAAUGUCGCCAAAUCAAAUCUGCAGCUUGUCAUCGCGAACAACGAGAUGCUGGAGGAGGCCCUCAAGGCCGGGAGCGGCCAGCGGGAUGUCGGGUGGAGACGCGCGAGUGGUGGUCCGAUAUCCGCACGGUCUGCCGAUGGAUUCGAUGUCCCAACGCACUCUCCAAACGGUAGCUCCAGUCCGAAUAGCUCGCCGACAGAACCCUCUGGCUCCAACUCGCGAUUCUUCAAAACCUUUUUCAAUGCGCGGCCGGGUACACCGACAUUAGCAAAUGCUCCACCACCGCACCACCUCAACUCUCCGAGCAUGCCUUCAUUGCAUGGGGCACCGGCAGACGAGGAGGCGCUGAGUGCUGCUCUGCAGGCGGCCAGGGCCAACGCGGAGAAGGCGAAGGGAGAGGCGGUGGAUGCAAGGAAGGCGGCAGAGAAAGCCGCUCAGGAGAAAGCAUCGCUUGAGGCGGAGAUCGAGUCGCUCAGCCAGGCCCUGUUCGAGGAGGCAAACAAGAUGGUAGCCACCGAACGAAAGAUGCGCGCCGAAGCCGAGGGCGAGCUGGUCAAGCUCCGACGCAUGCGAGACGAGAUCAAGGAGGAGUUGACAGAAGCCAAGGAGGAGAGAGAGGCAUUGAAGAGCGCGCUGAAACUCAUCGAGGGAGAGAAUGUCGAGCUUCGCUCUGCCUCACGCAUGGGCUCCAGGUCAAGCAGCAUCAGUCUGUCGGAGAUGGAAGCGUACGGUACCAUUUCACGCUCGCGAUCGAGCUCCCAGCUAGGCACGAAGAGCCCAGUUACAUCUCCACCCGAUUCUCCCGCCUUAGACUCGUCUCCUGUUUUGGCCUCGUCUUCUUCGUCCUCUCCGAACCUGUCUGAAUCUGCUGCUGAGCGGGUACCAAUGUCUCAUGUCGAUACGAUGCGGACGCCCAGGAGGGUCAUCGUCCCGCUGGACCUGGUACAUGAAGAUGACGACAACUUGUCUCCUCCGCCCACGGCUGUCGCUCCCCCUCCAGACGACCCCUGGGCUGGUGCAUAGGUAUAGGUACCGUUGCUACGCCCACUCCCCUGGUUGGACCCAGUUGCAUACUCUUCUCGUUGUUCACUUCGUUACCCUGCAUACAUAGUGUUGUUUUCGGAAUAUCAUAGUUUCCUAUUCUGGGCUUCGCGCUUAACGCAUGAAUAUAGUGGGUUCUGGUACCAUCAGUCUUCAGACGUCCGUAGUGCUGAAUGCACACAUUCGAGUCCAAGUGAUAAUGGACUAAGUAAGUAGUUCCGGAGCAAAUACAACACGUGAUAGAUACCCAAGUUUGUCUACCGCCGUCAGCAUGCGCCUCGUGUUUUCGGAUCCUGUCUGCGUAUUGCUGUACCCGUGCCUUUGCGCACCUGGGUCUAGUUUGCAUGUCGGCGACUUACAAGCGCCGGAGCGCCGAGAAGACCGGGAGUGCUCUCUCGAUGACGGGUUCAGUCGCGCAUCUUGAAAGGGAGGAGAGGGAGGUGUCGAAGGGCGCAGAAGCACACACGAGCAUGGAGAUGGCAGUGGCUUCGGAGGAGUUAGGUGAAGAAGAAUCGCCCCACAUCACACAGCUCAAGAAGAGCAAGACCAGCACCUCAUCUUCCUCGCGCAUCAAGUCCCGUACACCCACCCCUGCAUCACGACGACGUCAACCGCGCUGGCCAGCCGAAUCCAAUCGCCGGGAACGUCGGUCUCAGCCCCAGGCAGACCGGAGCCGUAGGCGGCGCACGGUGCACCAGCCGCCGCGCAUUAUCCGCUCACGCCCCUUCACGUUUCCCGGGACGCCGGCGCGGUGGCGGUACCCGGUUCCUGCUAUCGACGUAGACGGAGAACGGAGAUGGAGACGGGGACAGGGUUGGCGUGAAGAUGAAAUCGAAGAGGAGGAGGAUCCGAGCGCACACGAAGAGGCUCAGUUCGCACUGCCGCGACCGAUCCUUUCGCCGUCCCCGGCCAAGAAAACAAGGCGCCUUUCAUCUACCGCCCGUAGAGCUCUUGGAUUAUCUGCUCAGGUUCUUCAUACUGUGCUCUUGUUACGAUUGCCGAGGCUGUACGUCGCGCGCUUCGAGGUUGAGGAGGAGCUAGCGCCAACCUUUCGGGCAACGUGGGACGAUCUGGUGAAUGAGUGGAGGACACAGAGUGUGGUUUCUGCGCUGCUUCUUUCUGCCAUCCUCUCGAUGCUCCAGCAGACAGCUGCGUUUGACCCUCUUGUGCGCAUACUGGUGCAGAUCUCGCUGCUUUGCACGGCGAUGAGUCUGUUCUUUGGGAGUUUACACUCUGUUUCUUUCAAGGGCGCGAAGGCGGAAACUUGGACUCAGGAAAAGAGAACAUCUACCGGCACGGUGUUGGCUGUCCCUGCUAUUUGGCUGGGCUGGUCGAUAAUCCUCUUCGUGACAUGCGUGAUAGUAUUUGCUUUUCGCUCGACAUCAGAAGCACACGAUCCUCUCUCUAAAGGCGCGGCGCGUGGACUGCGCAUCGGGAUGGGCAUCUUGCUGGCGCUAGGGCUUAGCUGCUUCGUGUUUGUCAUCCUCACAUUGAGAAGAAUCCACACAGGCAACAAACCACAUCGACGUCUUCGCGUGGCUCCUACCAGAAGAAAGCCGCUAUCGAUCGCAGCUCAAAGAGCUUCAACAGCAAAAAGCAGCCUGUUUCUGGAGCAAGCGUGCCCAGGACAGGGCACGCACGCUCUUGACCGGGCUGCUGCAUCUUUCGCUUUCCCUGUUGAGGAGAUUGCGCCCACUCGGGUGCUCAUGCUUGGCUCUCCAUCUGACUCGGAAAUGGGACCCCCGGAGCGGACCAUUCCUGGGGACCGCAUGUGGGCUGCGAGAGAUGUGCAUGACACCGAUUGGAUCAGCUUCACUGAGGACGUCAUCCGCGUCUGGUCAAACGAACAGCACAAUCAUGAAGCGGCCGUGUCCGGCCUUCUUCACCACUGGAACCAGCGCUUCUUUGUUCCCCGGUCACUCGAGUCUGUGCUAUGCCACGAGCAGCAGCUCGCCACAGAUACACAUGCGAUUGCGAUCUACGUCGUGCACCGAAAUCCCGAUGCGGUCUUGGGGCCGCUUCCUCGACUAAAUGAGUGGACGCAUGCUGGGCUCACUGUGCAUCGGUUCUUGGAUGACGGUGGUAAUGCAGUGCGCUGUGAGACGGUGCGGAUCACGCCGAUGAACGGAUGGCAGCAAAGAAUGGCCCGUGGGGACGUUCCUUCGAGCAUCUACAUGCCUGCGCAAGCGCAGCAGAAUCCCCCAACGCUGGGGUCGCUUCUGUUCGAACACCGAGACAGUUGGACACCGGUUGGCACUGCCGAUUGACGUAGUUACAGUGGGUGACCAUGGUUUAUGUGCAGCUCUGAAUACAGAUCUCGAGAGAUUGAACUGUGAGAUGUGUCCAUCCUUGAAGCUGAGUCCCGAGGAGUAUAGGAAAGUGGGAGUUGAUAAUGACAGCACGCGCUUUGCAAGGGUCGGAGUUGAAACAGACUUUAACUUGCCCCACAUCUCGGAGUUUGAAUUUGGCUGAUCGGGCUUGGCUUGUGUGAUUUGGCUUGUGCAUCACUUUUGAUGUCAAGUACCAUUGACCGCUGCAGACAGCUCUGCAGACCUUGAUGAGCGCUCUUGGUUGUCGCGCUUCGUUGUACACUGUCGCGCUUCUUUCUUGAGUAUUGCGCAUCAUGAAAGUUGUCCGGAAGCAAUUGCUCAUUACUUAAUGUAAAAUCACUAAUCUUACUCAACGAGUACUAACGCCCGACCGUUCUUUCCACCACAUUCCAGAUACCUAGAAAUACAGUGCAUAUACAGGAGCAAGUCCACAGGAAAGCUAAGUCCUCAUUCAUCUUAUAUUUUCAGCAAAAUUUUCCCUCGGACUCGAGCCAACUGCCUCACUGGCAUAUGCCAACGUCGUCAACAGCGACAGUACUGGCGCAAAAAUGUCACUGUCAAGUUGAAACUUGCUAGCACCGCCUCUACAAUCAUCGGUCUGAUGGGUUGCUGAGUCAAUUAAAGACAUGCAUGUUCUCGGCUGUUCUCGGCCCCGACUACCCUUCUGCUAUGUCUUCUCUGCCAUCCGAGCUCAUACGGACGAUCGUCAACGAGCUUUCCGACGACCGUAAGUCUCUCAAGUCUUGCGCGCAAGUGGCAUCGACCUUCUGUGCCCCUUGCCAACAGCAUCUCUUCCGUAAGAUAUGGCUGCACGCGCACUACUCCGCAGCGCAGCGGGAGGAGCACCUCGACUCGACGACCGCGGCCGGCACAAUCAAGCGUGCUCACGAGAUUCUGGUGCUCGAGGCUCCGCACUUGAUCAAGUACGUGCGCGACCUCACAUUCGACAUACCCGAAUCGGCGGAAGAGGAUGCACCGCUCGCAGAGAUCCUGCGCUCGAUGAGCGUCAGUUUACGGCGCUUGGUGAUAUCGGGACUAGGCGUGGGAUGGGAUGGUUUUUCGGAGAGCCUGAGCUCGUCAGUCUUGUUGGUGCUGGGACAGUCGCCGGCGUUGAGGAGCAUGCAUCUGCUGGAUAUGCAUGGUGUGCCGAUUCAAACGAUAUAUGCGGUCAUGGUGCGUCUUACGGCGUUUUCGGCGCACCGCUGUACGUUUCGUGGCAAGGAAGAUGAAGAUAGGCAGCAGCCUGUGAUGGAUGCUCCGCUCGAACACCUGAUUCUGAGCAAGGAUCCGGGUCCCACAUGGACUCUCUUCUUCUGUCCCGGCUCACCGAGACUGACUCAACUGAAGGCCCUCUAUCUUCGGAUGACACCUGAUGCCGAGAGGUUCAUUGCAUCCGUUUCUAGCACGCUUACUUCGCUCGAACUCGAUUGUGGAGAUCUGUCAUUCCCGAUCAUCCUACCCGAUCUCCCCAAACUCACCGAGCUCAAGCUCCGCAUCCUCUCCGGGUUUGUGAGACACAUCCCAUACACCCUGCUUCCCACCAUCGCCCUGAUCCCUCGGACCGUUUCGCUUACCACCGUCUUCUCUGUGACAACGCGGAUGCUGGAGAUCGGGUGGACAAGCGACGGCCGCGCAGCGGACACGCAUGUAAAAAUCCAAUCGAUGACCUGCAUUUUGCAUUUCCGCGGUCGGUAUAGUAGCGAACGCAUUGGUUGGGACGGACAGCGUUCGGAGACUUUUCGUGCUUUUCAGCAGGUUUUGACCGAUACGUUACCAGAAGGGAUGGAUUUGGAUUUUGAGAGAAUGGAUGGGGAGGGGGAUUAUAUUGGUAGGUUGCCUUGAAUCUUUGCAGGUGGAUGAGAAAUCCAAAUGCGGCGGACCAGACGUCAUGGCUCGUCCUCUCAAAUAUCUCAAUUGCGAUCAAUCGCGGGUUUGCCAAAUAGAAUAUUCCUCGCAUAUGCUGGCUGUUGUUCUGCAAGCGCCAACUCCUUUGGACUUUGUAAACCCGUGCUGAGCGCACGCUUUCCAGUAAAUCUACAAACAGCCAUGGUCUUACACGAGCAUACCACGAAGAUUGCGACCAACCCACCCACUUUUGUAAUGCUCCGGGAAUAGUCAUCGUACGAAUAAGCGGGGAAAUUGUGCAACAUGAUGCGUACGUCUCCGCUGUGUGCUCCGAUCGAAGCCUGCCGGUGCUACAGUGACAAAGGUUGUGCAACGGCAUGCCCACACCUGGCAAAUUAACCGCAUGUUUGUCCAGACUUUUGGAUGACGCCCGGAGCACAGCGGCAAUGUGUCAUUCGUGACACAUGCACAAACAAAAAGAAUCAGAGGGAUAUUUCGGGUCUCAUGCACGUCCCAUCAGUGAGCGGGCACAAAGUCUCCCACGCUGUGACAGCUUCCGGAAGCACUGGGCUGGCUUCACGAAGCACUCGGAGCAGGACGGGAGUGAUUUCGGGUUUCCUCGCGACCGGUCCAGAACCUUUUCCCCAUCAAGCCUGUCUCCGCUCUUUUUUUCCUGGAGACCUCCUUGUCAUUGACGUCCGCGGCCAUGCCAGGGCUUCUGAGGCCUCGUUUCCCGCUGAGUACCCCCUGCCACCUGGUUCCCCUGUCACCAGCGUGAAAACGUGGUCUUUCUUCUGCACAAACGCUCAAUCCGGCUUCGGUGCUCGGUCCAACGAGCAAAGGAUGAAAACACGAAGGGGUAUAAAGAAUUGGGUCGAGUUUACUGUUGAGUUCGCUGCACUUUCCUGUCGCCCCUGAUCUUUCUCUAGCUAUGCCAGCCAUUCGCUCCAAGUCGUUCCAUCGCGCCGCUUCGGAGGGCGGUUCUCCAGUCUCGAAGUCUCCUAUCCGGUCACUUCGACAACGCGCCUUGGAACGGCGCCUCCUACUCCCUGCGGCUCGUAAGGAGCACCAGGCUUUCCUCAAGUCGCAGCAGUCCACAGCAGGUAAUCUGGUCACGACCGUUGUGCUCAAGUCACAUAUCUCUUGCCUUG